AAGAUUUGAAUCAAUCCUAAAAAACUAAAGGAAUCUAUUUAUCUUCUUUUAGCUCCUAAAAGGAAUGAGAUAUUCCUAUAUUUCGGUUUUUUUGGAAGCCAUAAUUUCAAUUCUCAACCAUCGGGGCUUAAUGGUCUUAUUCUCCUUGACAUUUUUGUACAAAGAUAUAUCAGCGUCUUGGGAUGAGUGGUGGACAUACGAAGGAUUCUCGGGGGCUAAUUAUUGGGGUCUAGUGAAUCCCGAAUGGUCUAUGUGCUCGAGCGGAAAAUACCAAUCACCUAUAGAUAUAGAACUCGCAAAUCUCUUGCACGACCCUAACCUUGACCCGUUAAAAUUUGAAUCUAGUGCUUUAUCUAGAGACGUUUUGUUAAACGAUGGCCAUAACUUGAUAAUAAAGACUAAUGUAAGCCAAGGAAAUCCAUCCAUUUUCAAAUUAUGGGGUGGGCCAUUGUCCUACAAUUAUUCCUUUUACCGACUCCUAUUACAUUUCGGUUCUCACGAGGGAAUAGGAUCCGAGCAUUCCAUCAAUGGAAUAUCAUUUCCAGCUGAAAUACAAAUGUUUAUGUACAAUUCUGACAUAUAUUCUAAUCACACGAUAGCUUCGAAUUCUAUGUUCGGGUUAGUUGCCAUUUCCAUAUUCUUGAAAAUAUCAAAUUCAACUUCACCAAUUUUACAAAAAUUAUUCAAAGAUAUACAUAAAAUAGAAUAUAAAGGCAUGAAUGUCAACUUGGAAGAUGUAAAUCUGAAAGAUUUGAUGACGAAUAACGAAGAAUAUAUAACGUAUUCCGGUUCUUUACCGUUUCCUACCUGUCAAGAGUCCGUCAUAUGGCUCCUGCUCAACAAACCCUUGUUCGUAUCAGUGGCACUGAUGAAAUCUUUCCGUAGAUUAAAGCGUAGCAAUGCGGGCGAGCCUAAAAUAUCGCUGGAAAAUAAUUUCCGCCCUACGACACCGUCUUAUAAUCGCGAUUUACGGACCAAUAUCAAAUUUAAGCGCGAAGAUUGCGGAAACCUCAUAUCAUCGCCAGCAUACAAACUCAACAUUUAGAAGGACAUGCUGCCACCUGCAAAGUUUAAUUAAAGGCUCAUCAAAUAAAGAUUGAUGGAACGCAAAAAGGCAACAAAGAAGCAAAUAUUUAUCAUACAUUUACAAAUUAACACAAUUAAAAAAAUAUAUAUAUUAAUUUUAUUUGUAUAUCAUUACACAAAUCAACAUAAUAUUAUAUGAACAUUAUAAUGCCCGAUUUAUAAAAUUGCUUAUAAGCAACGUUGUAUUAUCAUUUAAAA